AUGGUCCGAGGAAGAGGCUGGACAGCGCCUGAGACUCUGUACAUGCUUGGCCUGGUCGAGCGAAUCCUUCCGUUUGGAUCAAACCAGUGGAGUGCGGUGCAGCUGGAGCGGAAGUUUUACGCUCUGAAGAGCACGCGCAAACCAACAGGAGAUCCGUCUUGCCCAGCAGAUGUCGCUCAAGCCAAGCGCGUUUAUCGGCUCAUCGAAAAUCAGUGCGGCGUGCUGCUGCUAGACGACACGGAAUCGACAACAGCAUCUGCUGCUGCGAUGGAGGAAUGCAACGCUACUCGGCAGCUAGAGUACCGCCGCGAGCGCUAUGCCCAGCGCCGCCAAGAUGAGUUGGGGCGUCAAUCGCAAGCUGAACGCCGCGAAGAGCGAGAGAGACUGCGACUCUUAGCCCUUAUUGCUGAGAUAGCCAAAACCCGAGAUUAG